AUGUCGCAGUACAUCGGUAAGACCAUCUCUUUAGUCUCUGUGACUGACAACAGAUAUGUGGGGCUGUUAGAAAAUAUCGACUCUGAAAAGGGUACGGUGACUUUGAAGGAGGUCCGCUGUUUUGGCACAGAAGGUCGGAAGAACUGGGGUCCUGAAGAAAUCUAUCCAAACCCUACUGUAUACAAUUCAGUGAAAUUCAAUGGUAGUGAAGUCAAGGAUUUAAGUAUUUUGGACGCCAAUAUCAAUGACAUUCAACCUGUUGUUCCUCAGAUGGUGCCACCCACGUCGCAGUUAUCCUCUUCACAACAAGCUCAAUCGCCACAAGAAGCGCAAGCGUCCCCUCAGGCCCAAAAGCCCGUGACUAAUGUGCCUGCUGCGGUGGCUGGAUAUGGUGUCUAUACCCCGACUUCCACAGAAAGCACUGCUGUCAACAAGAAUGAUAACGCCAUUCCACGAGAUGUCAACAAAAACUCACAAAGUAGGGAUGAACGUAAAGAUGGCGGGAAUGAGCAAAAAUAUCAAAGAAACAAGAACAGAUCAACCAACCGCCCUCCACAACUGAAUCGUAACUUCAAGGUCGAAAUUCCAAAUGAAGAUUUUGAUUUCCAGUCAAAUAACGCAAAGUUUACUAAAGAAGACUCUAAUGACCUAGAAAGAGAACAAGUACUCGAAUCCGCUGCUCACAGACAGGAUGAAUCCGAUGAAGCAUGUUAUAACAAAACAUCAUCAUUUUUCGACACUAUUUCAACUUCUACUGAAACCAACACCAACAUGAGAUGGCAAGAAGAAAAAGUGCUGAAUGUUGAUACUUUCGGACAAGCUUCUGCCAGGCCAAGGUUUCACUCUAGAGGCCGUGGCCGUGGCCGUGGCAAUUUCAGGGGUAACAGAGGAAGAGGCGGCCAACGUGGAAACUACCAAAACAGAAAUAGUUACCAAAAUACCAGAGGUGGUUUUCAGAAUCAAAAUGAUUCACACGGUAGAUCAUCCAACCAAUUCUCUCAACCUUCUUCCAACGUCGAAUUCUAG